CGCGGUCGUGGUGCCCGGGAUGCAGGCGGUGUCCCUCCGCGGCCCCCAACGCGCCCCCACCCCCUCUGCAAUGUGCACUGGAGUCUCUCCCGGGACCCUUCCUCCCGGGGCUCCGGGUCCUCGCCUGCCCAGUCUCCAGGACACUUGUGUUUUGGAUCUUUGCCCCUGAUGGAUGCCCGCGUUUGCCCGCGCACAACCAUAGUCGUCGGUGAAAAGGUCCAUCCUUAACAACCUUGGCCUAAGGAAAUUUAUGUCCUUGCACACAGGACCGUGUCUGAGAGUGGAYGAGUGCCGCUGUCCUUCCUGCCGCACCUCUGUCCUGUCCACCACCACUCAAGUGUGUUGUCCACCCCUGGGCUCAGGAGGAUACUUGAAGUCCACGGUCACGUGGCCUCAUGAUGUCAGUGCUUCCUCUGAAUUGCAAGGGAAGAAGCCACCAGAAUGUCUCUUGCCAUUUCUGAAUUUCAUUUCUAAGGAAGGCAUUUCAAGCGCUUUGUCUUGCAAGCCAGACAGCAGCGUUUUCAGCCACCUCAUAACACCUGCACACAUUUGCACAUCCAACGCCAUGAAACUCCUCCUGAAAUUUGUUGGCCCCUCACAGGUUCCUGUGUGAUCCCACGUAUCCCCCAGUUUCCUUUUAGAAAUCCUCCUGAGGCUGGCCUACGGCCUGAUUGCCAUCUCUUCCCACAGUGUGAUGCACCUCCUGGGCUGUGUGUGCUGUGCUAGGCAGGGUGCUCACUCACACUCAGUACUGUGGUGCAAAGCACCAGCAGGACGUUUGGCAGACCAGGAGGCCAACUGAUGGAGAAAGGAGUUCCCAGAGGUGACUGGUGACAAGCCUGCCCUGUGUGGUCUUAGGGGGUGUGUGUUUUACAUGCUGUACCUUUUCUGAAGCACUGUGGGUGAGACACCAUUGUGGACCCUGGAAACGAGCACCUCGCUUAUGCCACAAUACCUUCAUUAAUCAGAAACUGGGCAUUGUUUGAGGAACACCUGCUACUGUCCCUGAGAAGAAGACUGAGGAUCCAGCCACACCAAGCAGUCUAGGGCAGAUUGAUGCUGAAAAUUUCCCCUGCGGUGAGGAUCAGCAGCUGACCACUUUGCCAGUAGCUGAAGCCUGAGCUUCCAGAGCCUGGAUGCCCAGGGGAAGCUGAGGAAGAGGUUGCUGCAGGUAGAGGGUAGAGCCAAGGAGGACUGGGCUUGAGCCCAGGAGCAGCAGAGACAAGAAGGGAGAACCUGAGUCACGGAGGGGAAGCUCACAGUGGGAACAAGAGGCAGCAGGCCGGCCACCCUUCCCAUGGCCUCUAAGCAGGCUGCCGUGAAGGGCAGGGUGGGGAAGCGGAAGCGGGUGGUGCUGACGCUGAAGGAGAAGAUUGACAUCUGCACACGCCUGGAGCGGGGCGAGAGCAGAAAGGCGCUGAUGCAGGAGUACAACGUGGGCAUGUCCACCCUAUACGACAUCAAGGCCCACAAGGCCCAGCUGCUCCGGUUCUUCGCCAAUUCUGACUCCAACCAGGCACUGGAGCAGCGGCGCACGCUGCACACACCCAAGCUGGAGCACCUGGACCGGGUAUUGUAUGAGUGGUUCCUGGUGAAGCGUGCUGAGGGUGUCCCCGUGUCAGGCCCCAUGCUCAUCGAGAAGGCCAAGGACUUCUACGAGCAGAUGCGGCUGACCGAGCCCUGUGUGUUCUCUGGAGGGUGGCUUUGGCGUUUUAAGGCCAGGCAUGGCAUUAAAAAGCUAGAUGCAUCCAGUGAGAAGCAGGUAGCUGACCACCAGGCAGCGGAGCAGUUCUGUGGCUUCUUUAGGAGCCUGACCACUGAGCACRGGCUAUCUCCUGAGCAGGUGUACAGUGCCGAUGAGACCGGUCUUUUCUGGAGGUGCUUGCCAAGUCCCAACCCAGAUGGUGGGACUAUGCCCAGCCUCAAGCAGGGCAAGGACAGACUGACUGUCCUGAUGUGUGCCAAUGCCACAGGUUCCCAUAGAAUCAAGCCCUUGGCCAUCGGGAAAUGCCGUGGCCCCAGGGCUUUCACCGGCAUCCAGCACCUGCCUGUCGCCUACAAGGCCCAGGGUAACGCCUGGGUGGACAAGGAGAUCUUCUCAGAUUGGUUCCACCGCAUCUUUGUCCCCUCGGUCAGAGAACACUUUAGAACCAUAGGUCUGCCGGCAGACAGCAAGGCCAUCCUGUUGCUGGACGACUCCAGGGCCCACCCACAGGAGGCUGCGUUGGCAUCUGAUAACAUCUUCACCAUCUUCUUGCCUGCCAGUGUGACGUCGUUGAUCCAGCCCAUGGAGCAGGGCAUCCGAAGAGACUUCAUGAGGCACUUCAUCAACCCCCCUGGGAGCCUGCAGGGCUUCCACCCGCGGUACAGCAUGAACGAUGCCAUACUCAGCGUGGCCUGUGCCUGGAACGCUGUGCCCAGCCAUGUCUUCAGGAGGGCCUGGAGGAAGCUGUGGCCUGCUGUCAUGUUUGCAGAAGGCUCUUCCGAGGGCGAGGAGGACGAAGAGGCCGAGCCUUGCAGUGCCAAGCCUCAUAACAAGACUUUGGCCCACAUCCUCGAGCUCGUGAGGGAGGGCCCCUUCUGCCCAGGCCACAGGCCUCCGCCCAGUGCAGGGAGGGAGGUGGAGGAGGCACCCGCUGCUAUGCUGCUGGCUGAGGCUGACGGGAAUGCAGACCGGGUGGAGAGAGACGCUGGGGAGGACUCUGCGGCCGAGGUGGCCUGGGAGCAGGCGGCCGCAGCCUUUGAGGCGAUUGUGCACUUCGCGGAGCAGCAGCCCUGCUUCAGCACGCAGGAGGUGGGGCAGCUGCACGCGCUGCACUCUGCCUUCAGGAGGCGGCUGCAGCUGAGGCAGCAGCCCGUCGCCCUGAGGGCCAUGGUGAAGCUUGAGGCCCUCCAGGAUCACCCGGGCAGGUGCAGGGCCACAGCCCACUCCCCACUGCCCUGCUCAUCCACAGCCAGUGAUAACUGAUGGCUGUCAUCACACCCAUUUGACCCCUAGGACCUGGGGUCAGUCCUGGGACACAGACUACCCGCUGGGUGGGAGAGCAUGCUCAAAGAGAGCUUAAGCGCUCCCCCAGGGGGUGGUGCCCCCAGCACAUUGUCUCCAUUWCUCAGAAGGACCCAGGCCUGUGUGUUUUGGCUGAUUGAAACCUGUGUCGUGUGCUACGUCCUGUGAAUGGGAGGGGACCCUCUGGAAGAGCCCAUGCUACCUUAAGCACACCCARGCCUCCUCUGUUGAGACUGGGGGCCAGGCUGGGUGAAUUCCGAAUCAUCUGUUGCCUGGCAAACCUUGCUGUGUUGGAUAGUGGUGUGUCUGUCCUGGCAGAGAAGAGCGCUGUGCUAGCCCACAGGGGCAGCACCUCCUGCCCCAGGGAGGCUGGGUAGGCUGGGCUGGCAGUAGUCAUGUGCUGGGUGGACCCCAAGUCGAGUGUGAGGGCAGGGACUCAGUUCCUGACCUCAAGUGCCCUCGGGCCACACGUCUCCCCAUUGGCACAGCCACUGUCAUGCUCAGCAGAAGAGCCUGCCCUUCAGGCCCAGGCAGGCCCUCUUGUCACCCCCAGGGACCCUGGACUGUUGUUUUUAGCAUUUGGCUCAGAGACCACUACAAAGUCGGUAUUCCAUGCUCCCAGACUUUCAGUUAGAGCCCUAAUGGACAAGCCGCCAUCAGGAGUUCAGAGACUAGUCUUAGGUUUGCACACGGCCACUGAGGACAGUGACACAGGCCCCAGCAGCGUGGAAGCUUUCGUCCUUGCUGUUUCCAGGGCAGCAUUGCUCGUGGGGAAGGCCUGUCUGUACCAGUGGGUGUGGGGAGGCCGACCCUAGGACGCGGUCAUUUCCUCGGCCUUAGUAGCCCUCUGUGGCUUUACSUCUAGCAGCACCACGCUUCCUGGCUGUGACUCCAGAGGCCCUGUCCACCACGUUAGCUGCGUUGUGGCUAUGAAAUUGGUGUUUUUCCGAGCUCACUCCUUUGCCCUUGAGCUCCAUUCCUUCUUGGAUUCGCAUCCUGGCAGCUGAGUUGGCACGUGGUUUCAUUCCCACUUCAGGUAUUCCAUCAAGAGACGCGCUGCUACGAUCCUGAGAGCCAAGGGGCUUACAGGGAGGUUUGUGGUUCUGGUCUGUCCAGACGCUGAGGCCGUAGUGACGUUGAUAUAGCGCUGUGUUGUAGAAUGUGUGUUUCUUUGAAGCAUGUGGGAAGAUCAUAAAAACCAGAUAGUUUUUGAAGUUUCGUUGCGGAUUCUUGGGGCUCUGUGGCCUCGUGUUGUGUUGCCGUCGUGCUCUGCUUCGUGCCUGUGGAGGGCGCCUGUGUGUCUGCGUCAUGCCGUUGCUGGCUCACAGCGGAGGCCUGUGUUGCAGCUGCCUGGGGUUCUGCAGGGUGGAGGGCGGGCGUCACACCYGUUGCUGGCAGAGCCAAAUCUUGGACCUACCAAGCGGAUGUGCACCCUGCUGGCAGC